GUACUGCUUUUAUUAAUAACACAAAUUUCUUGCAGUAGUUGCUGAUAGAGGCAGUUGUGCAGUUAAAAGAUAAUUUGUUUGAAAAUACCUUGCUUUCAGUGAGAUACUUCACGACUGACAGUGAUUCGUCUGGAAUUUAACGGCUGCAAGGCAAUGACAUGGUGACACCAUCUUGCAUUACCUGACUAAUUUUAACCUGACCAUUUCCUCUAAGAUCACCCCUCCAGACCGUGGGUGCUCUGGCCUGAGGGUGUUGGGGCACUGGGGCUCUGAGGGGGGCAGAAAGGAUUGCUGGUGGAACAGGUCUGCUGGGAGGGUGCUACUGUUCUGGACAAGCAUCGGGCAGUAUCCUGUGCUUAAGAACAUAAUUCUUAUCAGGUGGAUCAGCGCAACUUUAAUUUUUUGCUACAAGGAUUUUUUUCCAGGAAAGCAUUUUACCUUUGUCAAGACAGUAAUAUUGGAAAAAAGUAAGCUGUGCUGACGAUUUCCCUCCAGGUUGACUCUGAGAAUUCUUGUGCCAGUGCAAGCCUUGCUGUGAGCUCUCAUCCUCUCGUUGUUUUGGAUUUGAAUGUGUCAUUUUCUGUUCUCGUUAACAAUAGACAGGAGAGCAGGAGCUCCCACAGUGGUGUCCCGUGGUGAGUGAAGCUUGCGUAGACAGUGGCAGUCAGUACUGACUUUGCAAACUGAGGCUCACCUCUUUGCUUGGGUUUUCCUCUCAGGCCUGUUCAUCCCUAUGGGAUAGAUUUUGCUUUGAUUCUUUUAUCAGUAGUUUGCUUAGGAAUUUUAUCCACAGCAAACGGCUUAGGAAUAAUUUGCUGAUUUACAAGCAAAUAAGCCUAAUUUUUUUAUUCUUUAGUUGCUUGUGACACAUAAACUUCUUCAAGUAGUCAUUGCUGAGGACUGGUUCUGUUGGGGUUGUUGAGGUGCCUGCACAGCCGAUGCAGUGGAGCUCUGGCUCUGAUCCCGGCUGGGGAAUGUGCCAUCUCUGCCAUGACUGUGGGAGUCCUUGGCUGUGGGGGUCUCCUGCAACCCUUGUAGUAACACCGCUGGGAUCCCCGGGCCCCUCGUGGCUGCAGUUCAGCUGUGGGACUCUUUCCUCUUUCUCUGCAGCAGAGGAAGAGAGUUGCUGUCACAAGGACUAAUCUUGAGGCGCUGGCUCUUCCUGUGCUGAGCCCAGCAUGUCCUGUGCAGUCAGCGAGACGUAAGAAUAAAAAUAUUGGGUAAUGAGUGCCUUGUGAACAAAUACAAGUGAGAAAAACAUUUUUCUUUCACAGUUUUCUGCACAAUCCCAUCUGAGCUUUGAAUAUUUUAUAAAUAAAAAAUUUUUCAUGUAUAUUUGCGUUCAGGACAGUAAGUAAAAUUGAACACUGAAUCAAACAGUGGUUAUUUAAGGAGUCUGUUUUCUUGCCCUGUGGUUUUCCCGAAGCAAUGAGGCUCAGGGGUGACAGGAAAGGAGAGCAGAAGCUCCAGGUAUUGGGAAGGUGGUUGUGGAACUCAGCAUUUGGGUAUUAUGUGGUGGUCUCUGCUCCGUGCUUCUGCUCAGCCCCUUGGUAGUGCUUAUUUAUCAAAACUGAUCAAAACACCCAACACCAACUGCGGGGAACUGGAAUCCAUCUGGAAUGUAGAGAGCGUGAGCGCCUUUGCCGUGCUGCUGCCGGAUUCCUCGCUGGAGCAGCGUGCGAGGGUGUCGGCGAAAGCCCACGACCUUCCCCCGAGUAAGACCUCGGCGGCGGCGGCGCAGACGGGCACCCACCUGCAGUGCCUCUCGGUCCACUGCACGGACGACGUGGGCGAGGCGAAGGGCCGGACUGCGGUGCCAACGUGGAGGUCCCUGCACUCGGACAUCUCCAACAGAUUCGGGACUUUUGUGGCUGCCCUGACUUGAACAAAAGAAAUUAUUUUUUUUCUUUUUUUAAUUUCAAAGGGCCGCUACUGCUAGGUGGACUAUUUUUCUAGGUUGGUACCUGCUUAGUGGCAUAUGGACUGGAAAGGGUUAAUUUAAAGUAAACCUCAACUUUUUUUUAAUCUUCUGCCACAGUAUGUUACCAGUGUUAACCCUUCUGCAGUUAGCACACUUUUGCUUAAGAUUUUCCUGCUAGACCACUUUUUCCCAUUAUUCUGUAACCUUGGCAUACAUUUAUAGAUGAGGCCUUUUCCUUUUUCAUCUCAGCGUAUGUCCAAGUCACGUAUGUCAUAAUAAGACAAAGAUUCUCCUCCUCCUCCUUUUUUUUUUCUCAUUGCUUUGUGUUUUUUUUUUUUUUUUUUUUUUUUUUUU